AAAAAUUUAAAGAGACCAACAGUACCAGCUGAAUAUGGAUCUAAAGUACCAACUGCUAUUAGACAGCGAUACCUUAAUCUGAUAAUAGAUGAAUGUUUGAAAUUUAUUAAAGAUGAAGAAACAGCUUUUAAGAGGGGUCAAGAAGAAGAACAUGUAGCCUAUGGUAGAAGUUCUAAUAAAAAUAUCUAUCUUCGAAUGGCUGUCAAUACUAUUAAACGUUUACGAUCAGAGGCUGAUGUUAAAAAUAACUCUCCAAAGAAGGUGGUAGCUAAUGCUCAAUCCCAUGAAGCUACUCUUGGAGGUUCACGAGCUGCUAAAACCAGCUUUACUUUAAAAAGAUCAGGUGCUCAUCAAACCUUCUUUGGAGAUUUUUCAGGUGCUGAAUUAUACAAGAGAUUAUCUAAAUAUGUAACAUCAGAAGAAGAUCUACAGACCAAUAAUUUUCCUAGACCAGACUCGAACUCUUCAUCUAGUGCUAAAUUUUAUGUUGAUAAUAAAAAAAUAAAAGAUCCAACAUUGAAAGAUUAUGAAAAGAUCUGUAAUAGAUGUGGUAAAAGGUUUGUGGUCUAUCCUGAUUGUGAAUAUGGUAGUUUUGAAGAAUGUUCUUUUCACUGGGGUAAAGCUUGGAAAAGAAAAGUUGCUGGUCAAUGGGAAACCAGGUACACAUGCUGUAGUGGUGAUUUAAGUGCUACAGGUUGUGCUGUUAGUAAAGCUCAUACAUAUGAAUCUAAUAAAUAUGAAAAUAUUACCGGGUAUAUGAAGACUAUGCCUACAUCACCACCAUUAGAUGGAAAUUAUGGUGUUUAUGCAAUGGACUGUGAAAUGGUAUAUACUACUGGUGGUAUGGAGUUAGCUAGAGUAACAGUUGUUGGUUCAGAUAAACAACCAGUGUAUGAAACACUAGUUAAACCAGACUAUCCCCUAAUAGAUCCUAAUACAAGAUAUAGUGGUAUAGAAGAGAAAGAUCUAGAUAAUGUUAAAACUACACUGAGAAAUGUACAAGCAGUAUUACUGAGUUUAUUUAAUGAUAAAACUAUUCUAAUGGGUCAUAGUUUAGAGAGUGAUUUAAUGGCAGUCAAGAUUAUUCACAAUACAGUAGUAGAUACGUCUCUAGUAUUUCCUCAUAGAUUAGGUUUGCCUUAUAAAAGAGCAUUAAGAAAUUUAAUGUCGGAACAUCUCCAGAAAAUUAUACAAAACGAUGAGGGUGGCCAUGACAGUAAUGAAGAUGCCUUAGCUUGUUUAGAGUUGAUGCAAUGGAGAUUGAAAGAGGAUGCCAAGAGAGAACACAGAAGAUCUUGA